UGCUUCUGUAUUUCAGGACCUGUAACUAAGUGGACCCUACUGACCUCUGAACCACAAAGGAUAAGAGUGAAAAGCAGCACGGGAACCACACGAAGAAAAAGGAAGUGGAUGCACUUUCAUCUGGACUUCUUUCCUGCCCUUUAUUUCUAAAACUGAAUGGAAAAGAAAGACUUCCGUGCCUUUCUUCCCCCAACAUCAGGGAUGGGUGGAUUGUAAAUACAGUGUGUGCAGCUGGGAGAAUAGACUGAACCAUGAAUCUUCAGGCUCAGCAAAAGUCUUCAAGCAAAAGGACUGGGAAACGGAUUGCCUAUUUUAAUGAGCAGGAAAUAGCUGUGUCAUCAAAAGAACCACAGCAGCAGCUUAAGGAAGGACAGUACUAUGGUCAUGGAGGGAAUAUACCGGUCUCUCAAACUAUGGAGAUUCCUCACGUGGGAGGAUUAACAAGUGCCCCCAGCAAUGUUGCUUUGAUGAACUCUGUUUACAAUCAAGAUAGGGGAGAGUCAAUGAUGAUGUCCCAGACGGUAACAGCUGUCAAAUGGCAGAAUUCACUAAUGGGAAACCGGUUGCCAGAGAGGGGUGACAGCCACUGGCAGUCUCCACCUUCCAUGUGGAACCACAGUAUGGUUUUUGGGGGCAACCCAAAAGGACCCCACUCCAAUGCUGGUGCCCCGGGCUUCUAUGGCCACCCAGAAGCCCUUAAAAGAAAUCAAGAGAAAGGAGUGUUUGUGUCACAGCUGGACUUGUAUGGAGAUGCUGUCCAGCAGAUGAUGUCCCAGAAGGCUCAGCUGGAACAGCAAGCCUUGGUUAGACAGCAAGCUCAAAUGAAUUCUUUUCAUCAGAUGCAGAAACAGCAGCAACAGAAUCAAAGUCUGCCGCUACAGCCUUUCCAACUUGCAUUUGGUCACCAAGGCCAAAAGCAGGGUCUUCCUGAAUUGUUACAUGUCUUUCAAGAAGCCCCAGCUUCUUCCAGUCCAGCAUUUACUGCUCAACAAAAACAGCAAGCUCUUCCCCAGCUACAGCUGUUUGAAAAUUUCUACCCGCAGCAGCAGCAGCAGCAGCAACAGGCUGCCACACAAGCCUUCGGUCUGCAGCAAACUACUUCCAUAGCACAGCCUCAUGUGGCAGCUGCAGCACCUCAGCAUCACAUGAUGGCACACCAGUUUCAGCAAACAGAGAGGAACCAGGAACUAUUCAAGGCUCUAACAGAGCAGAACCAACAGACUGUGCUACCUCAGACCCAGAUUCCCUUUCCAAGAAGGUCACGGAGACUCUCCAAAGAAGGUGUUCUGCUGACAUCUGCAGGAGAAGUGGUGGCUUCCAAGCAGGCAGAAGAACAACCUAGCAAUUUAUUUCUGCAUCACUGGCAAACACAUCAGCAAGAGGUCCCAUUACAGCAGCCGCCUGAACCACUGGCCCACAACAAAAGUAGCUAUUUGCACCCCAAGAGAAUGGAUCUGGGGCAGAAGGAUGUCUUGGUCAAUAGUGAGCUGAGCCAAAUGGAAACAGACAGGCAAGCCACAGCCCAGAAUGGUAGAGAUGGGGAGAAACAGGCAGCAGUAGCUGAAGAAAACACUCAGAGAACUAAUGAUUUUCAGGGUGUCAGAGGUGGUGUAAUCCAGAGUACACGACGGAGACGGCGUGUUUCUCAAGAAGCCAAUUUGCUAACUUUGGCCCAAAAAGCUGUUGAGCUGGCUUCCCUUCAAAAUGUAAAGGAUCUGGAUACUUCAGAAGAGGAGAAGAGUGUGCUGAUAGCAGCUCCAGGACCUACAGCUGCAAAAAGUGUUGUAGAAUUCGCCAGUUCUUCACCAGCUCCCAAAAGAGCCCGGGAGGAUAACAGCCUUGUGCCUCUUAUCAUUCCCGUGUCUGUGCCAGUGAGAAAAAUUGACUUGCAGAGCCUUGGAAAGGAAAAGUCUGAUGAUGGAAAGCUCCAGAGAGGCCAAACAAAUGAUCGAGCUCCUUGUGAACGCAAGCCUUCUGUGAUAGUCACUCGGAGGCGAUCUAAUCGUAAUACUAACAUGGAAACCUCAAAUCAGCAUGAAGAUGCUGUUCCAAAGGAUGAAGCAGAGGGCUUUGCCCGGAAACCAAAGCAGCGUCCAAGACCUGAGCCACUCUUCAUACCACCAAAAGCUGGCACCUUUAUUGCACCACCUGUUUAUUCUAACAUUACUCCGUAUCAGAGCCACUUACGGUCACCUGUCCGUCUGGCAGAUCAUCCUUCAGACAGGAACUUUGAGCUACCUCCUUACACUCCUCCGCCAAUUCUUAGUCCAGUGAGAGAAGGGUCUGGGCUAUAUUUUAAUGCUAUCCUCUCUUCAAGUGGUCAUUCGGUUCCACCUCCAAUGACUCCUAAAAGUGCUCACAGAACUCUGCUUAGAUCAAAUAGUUCAGAAGUUACCCCUCCUGUUCUUACGGUAGUGGGGGAAGCCACCCCAGUCAGCAUUGAACCGUAA